AUGUUGCGGCUAAUUUGUACCUUCAGCCUUCUCGCAUCGUCGACGAUAUUCUCACCGACGACGGCCGCUGCAACGGCUGACGUGGCAAACUUCACGACGAAGAUUGUUGGUGGAACAUCAGCGAAGGAUGGACAAUUUCCAUACCAAGUAUCGUUGCGUUCGAAAAAUCAUCACUUUUGCGGUGGUUCGAUAAUGAACGAGCGAUGGAUACUGACUGCAGCACAUUGCAUCUACGGAUCGAAUAACGACAGCGUAACCGUGGUGGUCGGAACUCCCACUUUGGACAAUGGAGGAGAUUCCUAUCAAUCGCGCCGAUUAGUCCACCAUCCGAGUUACAACGAGAUACUAAUUCGCGACGACAUUGGUCUGAUCGAAGUCGAGAAGCCGAUAUUAUUCACGGACAAAGUUCAACCCGUUGCUCUUCCAACCGAAGAUUUCGAUAAACCUAACCAAACGGCUGUCUUAUCAGGCUGGGGAACAACCUCGUAUCCGGGAAAAGCGUCAAACGAACUUCAGUACAUAACUCUGAGCGUCAUCGACCAGAAUGAAUGCCUGAACACAAGCUUUCGCGUAACGAAGAGCAACAUCUGUACAUUGAACAAAACGGGCGAGGGCGCCUGUCACGGUGAUUCCGGAGGUCCACUCGUUUCUGAGAAAGUACAAAUCGGGAUUGUCUCAUGGGGAACACCCUGCGCUAGAGGAAAACCCGACGUUUUUACUCGAGUAUUCAGCUACGUCGACUGGAUAGCAAACAACACGAACGUCUGACUGA